UGAAUUUUCAUACCUUCAACAUCCUUUGUCAUUUUCAAGCAAACAAUAAAAUCAUAUGGAGUCACAAAUCCACUUCCUCCCCAUACCAAAAUAUACCGUCAUUUCUGAACGCCGCCCGUGAAAAUAAAGAAAAGAUAAUAAAGAAUUUUCCAUAUCAUGGCUGUGAAAGUUAAUCAGUUUCUUGGAAUUAUCUUUGGAAUUUUAUCAAGUCUUUGUUUUAGUCUCUGUUCUGUGAUUGCCAAAUAUCUAAUUGAGAUAUCACCAGUUGAAUUGACUUUGUACAGAUUUAUAGGAAUUUUCCUACCCUCCUUAUCGAUAGCAAUUUACAGAAGUGAGAAUGUUUUUCCGGACGAUAAACGCGAUAAGAUUGCCUUAUUUUUGAGAUGUUUCAUCGGAACGACUGGAUUAAUGUUGAAUUUUUAUGCUGUUCAAAAUAUGAACUUGGGUGACAGCUCUGUCAUAAUUUACUCAACGCCCGUCUUUGUUGCCAUAUUCUCGAAAAUAUUUCUCAACGAACCAUGCUCACUUUUUAAUUGCUUCAACAUUGCAUUGUCAAUGGUCGGAAUUGUGUUCAUCAUACAGCCAAAUUCUCUAUUUAAUCAUAAUUCAACGUCAUCGACGUCAACAUUAUGGGGACCAGUUGCAGCUAUUUUAUCAGCAAUCUUCGGUUCCAACGUUAUCAUUAUUUUAAGAAUUUUAAAGCAUUUACAUCACUCAGUUAUCAUGAGUAAUACAGGCAUUUUUGCUAUCCUUUAUACAUUAAUUGUGCUGAUGAUAAUGAACGAAUUUUGUAGUCCUUGCUCAUUUAAGGAACGAGUUUUAAUUGUUGGAUUGGCUGUAUUCAGUUAUUUUGGUCAGAUGCUGUUGACGGUAUCUUUACAGUAUGAGGAACCGAAUGUCGUAUCCAUGACACGUUCAACAAUCGUUUUGUUUUCAUUCAUAUGGCAAAUUUUAUUUUUUAAUGAAAUCCUCUCGGCAUCAUCACUUUUUGGAGCAUUCCUAAUCAUUUUGUCCAACUUUUUGAAUGCAUUUUUAGCUGUAUCGAAGCAAAAGUAUUUAUCCAACAAAUUCUUAAGACUAAUACAAUUUUAAGGUAUAAGGAAUGCUUUAUGUGUUAUUUAGUGUCCAAGAUUGAGUCAUGUGAGGGAAACAAUAAUACAAUAAAAA